UACAUAAGCAACUCUGAAUUACGGAAAAAAGCCCAAAGGCGAAGAGGACUCGGUUUUGGGAAUCUGUUUAAAGCUUAAACAGAGAAUCGAAGAGCUUUCCAGCUGCAGGUCUCUGCUUAGUGAUGAUGAGGAUGAUGAUGAUGAUGAAGAUGGAGGGGAAAUGAUGCAGAUGCUUUAUUUCCCCUUUAAACGGGUUUAAUAGGAAUUCGCGUUUUAAUGGACUUUGCACAAGGCCUGCGUGAGGAAGGAAUUAAAAAAAUAAUAUUUAAUUAAUUAUGUUAGAAAAAAUCCUGAACAAAUAUCCUCGCUCUGUUUAAAUAAUCAGCUCCCUGGCGAGCCGAAAAUCCGCGCGGUGUCUGUCUUCUGUCUUCCCCGCAACCGAAAAAACGCUUCAUCCGCAUCAGCCGCGCGCGCAGAUCAGCAAACCGAGCUCGCGGCUUCCGGGGCGAGGCGGUCGUUCGGUCGGUCAGUCUGCACGCGCUUCAGACUCAUGAGGACCAACUAACAGCCAUAACAACCAGAAACGCUGAGUGUAAUGUUAAGGCUGGAGUGUGUGUUGCCGAGGGAAUGAGACUGCGUGGCAGGGAUCUGGAAGAUUCCACCAGCUCCUGGAUACCGAGCGUCCUGGGCGUGCAGAGUGUCAGGCUUCGUCUUCGCCUGGAUCGCCGCACCGACAGGGGGCGGAGCCUCUGGCAGCUGGUCGACCUGAGCGGAGAGACGGUGCCGAGUGGGCAGGGCUUAUGGGAUAGGACUCCGCCCACUUGUUCAGAAAGUCUGAUGAGUAUUCCUACAGCAGCGUCUGGGCAGACAGGGGGUGGAGACAUGCAGUCACCUGGGGCAAUAAGCCCCUCCUUCCUCCCACCUCCGUCGGGAAAGGUUCCGGGUCGGAAGAGGGGACGGCCGCCGCUCAAAAGGCAUCCGGAGUAUCAGAGUCGCUACCCAGAAUCCCUCCCUCCUAUCAAAGUGCCUAAGAAGAGAGGGAGGAAGCCUGGAUUCAAGCUGAAGUCCCGGUUGGCGAUGACUCCUCUGGCCAUCUCCCCUCCCAGCAGCACUCCAGAACCAGACAUGAGCUCCAUCCCUCAGGACGCUGCGACUGUUCCUCACUCGGCCACGCCGGAAGUCCUUACAGUGUGCAUCUAUGUGAAUAAACAGGUGAACACCGGCCCAAAUCUGGACAGACAGAAAGUCAUGCAGCUUCCCGAUCAUCUUGGUCCAGCGAGACCCUCGGUGGUGCUGCAGCAGGCCGUGCAGGGUUGCAUCGACAGCGCUUACCAGCAGAAAACAGUCUUCACCCUGCUCACACAGGGCUACGGAGGAGAGAAAAUAUCAGCCACUUUUGACGGCAAGCAGCACCUUUUGAGUCUGCCGGUGGUGAACAGCGUGGGUUACGUCCUUCGCUUCCUAAAAAAGCUCUGCCGGAGUCUGCUGUGUGAGAACCUCUUCAGCGAUCAGCCGAUUGCACCUUCCUCGUCUCCCUCCUCCUCUUCCUCAGCUCAUACCGACAAGCAUUCAGACGGACAAUCCAAGUCGAACUCUAUAGUGGAUGAUUACCACUCUGAAUCAAUUGAGUCGAAGCGCUACUCUGUCGACCAUAGUGACACAGCCUUUGGUGUGAUGACAUCAUCAUACAUUGCCUCGAAAUCCAACUACGGGUUUCGUACUGGUGCCGCCUACUCUUCUGGGGGCGUUUGCAGACCGGCUGCCAGUCCCAGUUCAUUCCAGGAAGGAAACAGAAGUGCCUACAGUCCAUCCCCAGAGGCAGGUGAGUCAAAGCCUCCUCCAAGUAAAGACCCGUCCCGGUGGAGUGUAGAGGAGGUGGUGUGGUUUAUCAAAGAUGCAGACCCUCAGGCCCUUGGUCCACAUGUGGAACUCUUCCGGAAACAUGAGAUUGAUGGAGAUGCUCUCCUGCUGCUGAAGAGUGACAUGAUCAUGAAGUACCUGGGACUCAAGCUUGGUCCAGCACUCAAACUCUGCUACCACAUCGACAAGUUAAAACAAACCAAGUUCUGAAAGGCCAUAACCAACAACCUUGAUUCCACCUAUCGCACACACACACACACACACACACACACACGCAUGCUUAUCUCCCUCUCACAAAUACAAAUACACACACAGUCUCACACACCGAGACGGACCACUUACUUGGUUUUCAUUAGUGUUCUUCAUACGCAUUUUUGACCCUCGCCUACCAAGUGCCCCUGGACUUUUUAUAUUUCUGUAAUUAUUUUGGACGCUAAUUGACAUUUCCCUUGAGCUUGUUUUAACGAGAACUGACAGCAUAAUGAGCCACCUAUGACGACAGUAAUCCCUGGGACUUUCACAGAGCUUUUGGAAUUAUGCAUAAUAAAGAUAGAUAAAGAUGAGAAAAUAUAAGGAAGUAAAAAGAAAUCGGACUUGGAUAACAAAAUCCUGCCUUGUCGUGGACUGGACCCAUACAGGUUCUGUGCAUUUCACUCAAGCUUCGGAUCAUUUAAAGUUGGUCUUUGGCCACCUUGUGGUUAAAUGGAGACAUUGCAGCUCCGUGUGACGUUGGAGCCCAUUUUUCCAAGAGCAGCUAAACAAGACUUGAUCAUAUAUUCAUACUGAACUGUACAGACACAAAGUGGAAUCACUGAAAUCUAAAAUUCUAACUUUUCAAACACACAACAGGGCUACUACUGGUUUAACCAGCAACGAAAUACAGGCACCGUGGACCAAUCAUGAAAUUCAAUAUGGAUUUGGGUUUUUUUUUGCACAAAUUUAAGCAUCACGGUUACAUGCCACGCAUCUAGAAAUCUAUUGAAUCUAUUGAAUUCGUAUUGCAAACCAGCACUGAGAGCAUAGCAUGCACUGCAGCACACCCGAACAUCGGCACAAGCCUGGGUUUUAACUGAAAGGACCAAACCCCUUGUAGAACCACGGCAAGUCCCUUCUGUCUACUGAACCCACACACACCUGCCUCAGUUCAGUUCAGUACGGUGCACAUAUUACACAUUACAUAUAACACUGAAAUGAAAUGAUUGAAAAAUGGAUUAGUCUUUCAGUUAGAACAUAUCUGAAGAUCAUCAUAUACAAUGUUUUAUUAGUAUAAAUAAUCAAUAUUAUACUGAAACAUAAAUAGUGUGUUAUUUUAAAAUACUAGCAUGCCCGAAACCUCCACAGGGUUUUUUUAAACAGAAUAUUUGAAGGCAUUGUUUCACUGAUUAUUAUUAUUAUUAUUGAUAUUAUUGAUAUUAUUAUUAUUAUUAUUGAAGGCCUUGUGUCAUUGGUUAUGAUUAUUAUUAAUAUUAUUAUUUUUUAUUAUAAUUUUUUCUUUGUUUUCAGCAGGGAGCAAAUGUGAUGAUGGAACACAAUUUUCCAUCAAAGUCAUUUUUUUAUUUAUUUGCAUAAAUACAACACAGAUGAAUACCGUGUCCUCCUGAAUGAUCACCACCAAUUAUUAAAAAUAAAUUAAUUAAAUGAAUAAAUAAAAUGUAUGCAGUUUAUAACAGUAAGUACAUUUCAGACAUGCGAAACUUUGUAUAAUUUAACUGUAAUUUUUUUUUAUUAUUUCUUGUCUGAUUUGUGAGGGUCAACAGCCAACAGGCAUCUUUUUUGUUGUUAAAGUUUGGUUUAUCUCAGUAAAUAAUAAGGGAUGACUAAGGGAUUUUUACAUGUGUGUAACCUUAUAUCAGAUCCCCAGGGAAACAUGUCAAGGCAACAACAGUUCCUCGUAGCUGCUUUUUUUAAAAUAAGAGAAAAUAAUAUUAUUUAAAAGGUGUUCCAGGUUGUAUUGUUUGAGUCAAUAAUAGUAAGUAUUGUUCAUUUUAUACGACUAAUGUUACUCGUGCCAAUGAUUCAGGAGGGCACUGUAUUCGAGGAUGGAAAACAAUAAAAAGUCACUAUUUUAGAUUCAAAAUUAAGCCUAACUUUACCGUAGCCUCUCUGCAAUCUCACAUGUACAGCAUUUUUUCUACACCUCAGUCUUUUCUCUUUUCUCAUGUAGCACAUCCAGUUCAUAGCCCAUGUACUGUACAUCCUACUGGAACUGGAAGGAAACUGUUAAUCCAGCAGCCUGUGUUUCUUCAAAUUCAUGGUGCUGUGUUGAGACUUUUUCUGGUCAUAACAUGCCUGACACUUGAAAUAUUUAAGUUGAAAAAAAAGAAAGAAAUGAUCUUCAAUGUAAAUUAGCUCAAGGUGCUGUUUUUAAAUCUAUUAUCUGUAAAAACACCCUUUUUAUUUAAUCAGGGAAGGCACCAUGCUUGGACAUUUCACUAGACUAAACUACAGCGUAUUCAUAGUAUAUGUUUAUAGUAAAUCGGGUUUAUGAAAGAAAAAAAACCACAAUGAUAUUACUGCGUAGAGUGUGUAACACCCUUGAUAUUAAAGGUUUGGCUCUGGUUUGGCUCUUUAUAUAAGCCUUAUUAUUUAAAGGGAAGUAUUUCUGUUUGGAUUAUCCUCCAGCUCUGGAGAAGACAUUCAUCUCCUCCUUCGUGUCAUUUUUCUGUGUUCGCCUGUGUGCUGUCAUAUUUUCUACAUAAUGGAAAUGUACGUUUAUGAAUGCAAUGUAGACAGUCACUUUGGUGAUGUUUAGAGAGACAACUGUUCAUAUAUUAACUCAAAGAAGAGUGUGUGUGUGUGUGUAAAUCUUUUUAGGCUGCAACAUGGACCAUUCAUUUUGGUGCUAAAAUAUUUAAUGACUGUAUUUAAUGACUUAUUUUAUCUCCAUAUUAGUUUACGGUCUUUUUGUUCCCCUUUAUUGAUUUCACCAGUGUGGCUUCAGUGUUGUGAAAUAUUGUGAUCAUAGACAGGCUGUGGUCCGUCUGUCUGUUUGUGAGAUGAUAUACAGUAUACAAAGAAUUACAGAAGCACCUGAAUAAAGCAUUAAUGAGAA